AUGGCGCUGAGUUUUGCAGUUCUUCCUUCUCAUCGACCCGAGUUGCUGCGAGCUCCUGCUGAAGGACAUCAAGCUCCCGCCGCAUCGUCCCAGCAUGCUGCCCAGCUGGUGGUGCCCGCAGCCGCGGCUGUUGCGGUGGGAGUCACGGUGCGCAGGCAGAGGGCUGUGCAGCGCCUCCGUGGUCGUCACGUGAGCCGCGCCGUGGCCGCCGCUCCGGCGGCGCCGGCGCCUCCGGAGCUCUCCGAGGAGCGGAGGAAGAUCCAGGCGCUGCUCAAAAAGUGGAGGGCGGACGAUGGCGAAGCCUGGCAAAGCUUGGCUCUGACGGCUUUCCUCUACGUCUUCUCCGUCGCCGCGGUUCAUCUGUCCGCUGGCAGCUGGCCAGCGAUCGUUCUGCUGGCCUUCUCACUGGUGCGCAGCUUCAUUGUGUUCCACGACGCAGCGCACCCGUCGUUCUUCGAGAAGGCAGAGGACAACAAGCUGUUGGGGCAGGUCCUGCAGUUCUUCGUGAACUACAGCAUGGAUGAGUGGAACCAGAUCCACAACUCUCACCACAACCACUUCGGUGACAAUACAGUGAAAGACAACUCGCUGACGAUCUGGUUCUGUGAGGAGGAGCUGAAGAAAGGGCCCUGGUGGAAGUGGUUCUUGCAUCGCCUCAUCCGAGACCC